AUGAGCAUGAAAAAAUCAGAAGGGGUUGGUGAAUUUGCGUUGAAGCUAACCUCCCUGGUUAAUGAGAUGCGGGCUCUCGGAUCAAAGAUGGAGGACAUCGCAGUUGUGGAGAAGUUACUUCGAGCUGUUCCCGAUAAGUUUUUACCGAUCGUUGUCACCAUAGAGCAGUGGGGCGAUGUGACGAAGAUGUCGGUGAUGGAGGUGAUCGGGAGGCUGAAGAACCGUGAGUUGGGAAAACCAGAAAAUAGAAAUAAAGAGGAAAACAAAGGGCACGAUAUGGGCCCUUGGCGAUCAGUUUUUUGUGCGCGUGUGUUCGUGCAAUUUUAUGUGAUCGAUCCUGAGGGUGAAGUUCCAACAAUUGGUAUCUAG